CAUAUAAGGAUAAAUAACUAAGAUAAUGCAUUAAAAGGCAAUAAAUAAAUAUUUGGCGUGGAGUCAAAGGUCGCUAAACCCCUACAAGAAUGGCUUUAGGGCCAGGAAUCAUUGCUGGGAUUGUCAUAGCAGCCAUUAUUGCGACACUAUUGGUUGCUGUGAUUCUUUAUUACCUCAUGAAGAAAUCGAAAGAGGAUGAAGAUGACAGUUGUACAAAGCUUAUGCAGAAAUAUGGAACGACAAAGCAUAAAGCUGGACAAAGGUCCGAGAUGGUCGCCAACUACCCAGAAGUGACCGCAACAUUCACAAAAUCACAUGUCGCCGGUCAACAAUUUACCGCGAGAGAACUGCAAGGAACCGACGACACGGGAUUUGUUAUUCCCAUGAAAGAAGGCGACCCUACUUUGCAGCAUUCAAUGUACAGGCCGAUUGAUCCGGGAAACAUUGAUCCCAGAUUGUACGCAGUCGGUGGAUCGGAAAUAGAGGGCUCCCAAACAAAGAUGGGGAAGAGACCAGCGCAAGUAAUUUUCACUGUCGAAUACGAUUCGAAAUUCUCUAUUUUAAAGAUCUGUAUACUUGAAGCAAGGCAUCUACGGCCAAGCUCAAGCUCGGGGACAAGUGACCCAUAUUGCACGGUAGCUGUAAAGCCAGGCCACGCCGCUAAGAAAAGUCAAGUGUUUAAGAACACAUCCGAUCCGAUCUUCAAUGAAAAUUUCAGUUUUGAAGUUCAGAAGAACGAACUGAAUGAUAAAACUAUAGAGUUGAAUUUCUUCGAUUUCGAUCAGUAUUCACGGGAUGAAUUAACCGGGUCUGUGAAUCAGAAAUUGAGUGAAAUUGAAUUAAAAGACGAGAAGAUCGAUCUUUGGAGAAGAAUUACGCUCGCCAGACCGGAUACCUCGGAGACACCCGAAGAAUACGGGGACAUCCUUCUACGACUGGGGUACUUACCAAGCGCAGAAAAACUAACCGUUGUUCUGCUGAAAGCGAGGAAUUUGAAAUGUUUUAGCGAAACGGGAGAUGUCAAGCAACCUGAUCCGUACAUAAGAGUCGCCAUCCUACAUGACGGGCAUUUGCUUAAGAAGAAAAAGACUUCGACCAAACGAAAGACGGCAAAUCCGACCUAUAAUCAAGCAAUCAAUUUUGCGGUUCCGCUAGAUGUCCUACCACGCGUAGAAAUCCAAUUUCAUAUUGUUAAUGAUACUGGCGUAAAACUUCAGCGGGGUUCCCGUAAAGAGACGAUCGGUUACUUGGAAAUCGGGCCCCAUUCAACAGGAGACGAAUACGACCAUUGGGUCGAUCUAAUGAGUAAGAAACCACAGGCAAGGUGGCAUAGGCUACGAGAGGCGACACAUGAUGUUGACGAACAGCCAUCAACUGCGAGUGAGACAGCUACGACUUCAAAAUGAACUUUUUAGAGACUUUCAAAUUCGAAAGAGUCCGCCCUCCAGAACUUCGCGGGUCGUAUUUUGAAGUCAAUGGUAAUUUAAAUUCGAAGAUAUCCUCUCUUUGGAAUUCUCUGGGUUACACUAUA